UUCAACAUGUUCAAAUACGCCGUUGUUCUUUUCGCUCUCAUCGCUUGCGCUGCUGCCAAGCCCGGUUUGCUAGCUGCCGCUCCAUUGGCUUAUGCUGCUCCCGCCGCUGUUGUUGCCGCUCCUGCUCCAGUUGUUACCGCCACCAGCAGUCAAGUGAUCGCCCGCAACCACAAUGGCAUCGCCGCCGCUCCAGUUGUUGCCAGCUAUGCUGCCGCCCCAGUAGCUGCCCCAGUUGUUGCCAGCUAUGCUCAUUACGCUGCUGCUCCUUUGGCUGCUCCAGCAAUUGCUCAUUAUGCUGCUGCCCCUCUUGCGUCAUCGUUACUUUGGUAA